AUGAUGAUUUGUUUCUCGGUCUACUCCAUUUUCUAUGCCACAGUGGAAACAUUAACAUUACCGGUGCUGCACAUUCAAGGGUCUGGUAUCUUGUUAUAUGUGAAUAGUGUACUCAAGGAGAAUGUGAAAUGGGGGGUUGUGAUAAUAACACUGUACUGCGGCUCAUUUGCAUUUUGUAUCUCAACACUAGCCACUCAUUUUAUUUAUCGAUAUAUUGCGGUUUGUAGAAGCACUAAACUCUACUACUUCGAUGGCUAUAAACUCUACUUAUGGUUCAUCCCUCCUCUUGUUAUGUUCAUUGCCUGGGCUACUGCGAUCCAAUUUAUCUAUAUUCCGAAUCCAGAAACCAGAGACUACUUCAGAAAUAUGACUAGAGAAGUGUACGAGGAGACUAUCGAUCAGAUUGCAUAUGUGGGUCCAGUGUAUUAUACUUGGGAAAACGGAAAACGUCAGUUUCGACUUCCAGAUUUGCUCGGAGGACUUUUCAUCUGCAAUAUUAUUGGACUUUCCUUCACCACUUGUAUCAUUUGUGCCUAUAAAACGUACAAAAAACUCAAUGACUUCUCCACCCAAAUGAGCAAUCGAACACGUGCCCUCAACAAACAACUAUUCUGGACACUUGGACUCCAGACCCUUCUUCCCUGCUUCACUCAAUACAUGCCUGUUGGACUACUAUUCGUUCUCCCGUUAUUCGAGAUAGAAGUCGGAAAAGUUGGGAAUAUUGUUGGAGUCACUUGCUGUUUGUACCCUGCUAUGGACCCGUUGAUUGCUAUAUUCAUGAUUGAUCGAUUCCGAAAUUGGUUGUUUCGAAAAGAGUCUCCAUCUGCAGCUAGAAGUGGUGUGAAGGUGUAUGCACACACUUUUGACAGACAUUCUUCUAAUAAAUGA